AUGUCCGCUGUUCAUCACACCCCACAGAUAUGGGCGUUCUACAAGAAAGCACAGAGUUCCUUCUGGAUUGCCGAGGAGCUCGACUUUUCCAGGGACUUAGAGCAUUGGCGCUACAAACUUACUGGCGACGAGCGACUUCAUCUCCCACAUUUUGGCCUUCUUCGGCGGCUUCCGACACCAUCGUCAACGACAACUUACUCGAGCGGUUUUCUCGAGGUGCAGCUGCCAGAAGCCCGUUGCUUUUACGCUUUCCAGGCCAUGAUGGAAAAUGUACAUUCUGAAGUUUACGCGCUGCUUAUCGACACCUACAUCCAAGAUGCUCAGGAACGUGUACGCCUCUUCCGUGCCAUCGAAACUAUUCCCUGCGUGCAGCGUAAGGCUGAAUGGGCCCUCCGUUGGAUCCAAGACCCCCAUUCUUCGUUUGCCGUGCGCCUUGUCGCUUUUGCCGCCGUCGAGGGCAUUUUCUUUUCGAGCUCGUUUGCUGCCAUUUUCUGGCUCAAGAAACGUGGUCUUAUGCCGGGUUUGGCCACCUCCAAUGAAUUCAUCAGUCGAGAUGAAGGCCUUCACACCGACUUUGCUUGUCUGCUUUUUGGGCACUUGCAGUCUCGGCCUCCUCCUUCCGUCAUCCAGACUAUCAUCACAGAUGCUGUAGAUGUCGAAAAAGCUUUUCUUGCCGACGCCUUAGCCAACCGACUCUUGGGAAUGAACGAAAAGUUGAUGAGCCGCUACGUCGAAUUUGUCGCUGACCGCCUCCUUGUCGCCCUCGGCAACGAAAAGGGUCUACUGCGUCCCCAACCCCUUUGA